AGGUAAAGUGGUUGGGUUUGAGGGCGAAUUUCAACUUGACACAUUAACAAGAUAUGAGGCAGGAAAUUACACGUGCAGUUGUCAGAAUACCGCUAUCAUAGACCACCGUGACACAACUUCCCUGCAAGUUAUCGUAAACUUUGCCUCAUUUUUCAUCACAAAGGCCAGACAAAAGUUACUGUCAGUGAGAAUGAAACUGAUGUACACUUUAAGUGUGAAAUUGACAGCUAUGCAGGAUCAAAAGUCCAAAUAAUGUUUCAAGACGUUUUACUGAAGGAGACGUUUCAGUCUAGCAGUCUAACGUUCACCCGUAGCAGCAUCACGUGCUCCCAUGCAGGCGUUUAUACUUGUAGAGGAGACAAUCAGCAAAGUCAGUCACCUAGCUCAAGCAUCAACUUAUUCGUGAGAUGCUCCCCACGACCACUUCAUCAGAUAAAAAAGAAUAAAACAAGUUCACUGUAUGUUCCCACGACACUAACUUUUACAACAAUAGCAUACCCGGUGCCCGGUCCUACAGGAUUCCUUUGGCACAAAGAAAAUGGAUUGUUAUGGAUGCCAUUAUUGAGCAGCAAUGAUUUGCUGGUAUCAUCAUCGGGAUCACAGUCUCAUUUGACUAUACUAAAUGUAUCACAGUCAGAUUACGGACGCUACAAGGUGACAGCUACAAACGAUGUUGGCAGUUACGUACAGUACUUGUUUCUGUUAAGAGAAGAUAUACAAAGACAAACAUAUACCACUGAAACUUGCGCAGUGGAAACUAAUAAGACGGGAACUAUUCUUGGAAUUUGUUUUGGUAUACUGAGUGCAGGCCUUCUUGUUUACGCAAGCUAUCUUACUAUUUUGCAUAAAAGAAGGUCUACUGAGAAAGGAAAACAGAAGACAGAAGAUCUGAAUACACAAGUGGCUUACAUUAACGUAGCAGAAGAAGGUACAGUCGUAGAAAUUAAUGCCUCAAGUGAAAACAAGGACUCUGAAAAAGUGUAUACAGAACUAUCGCAGUAUUCAAAGGAUGACAAGUCAACGUAUGAUGUUAUUCAAAAAAAUUAGAAGCAACACGUAUUGUAAAAUCAUGAUUCUGGCAGCAUUUGACAAUUUGUUUAAUCAGCUGUUUGCAUCAUCUUUAGCUGAUAGUGCAAUAAAGUGAUGUAGAAUUUAGAAUUUUUCCAAGUGGCAUGGAGCGAAGUAGUUAUAGUCUGCUUAUAUAUUAAAAAAAAGAGGCCUAGAAAUUGCCUUUGAUGGCAUUUUUUGUUAAUGCCCGACCGCCUUGUUCAUUGUUAACUUUAUAAAAAUUGGAAAAAUAUCAGGGGGGCUGUCGCCUUCUAAGGGUCAUAGUAAGGUCACAGCACAAGGUCAAAGGUCAAUAAGUGCAUAUGUUUUGUUAUAAACUUCAGAUUUUUGCCAUUUUUACUACUUUUUGAUAUUCAUUUUGUAUUUUUUCGGUGAUAGUUAUGAAUUUCAAACGUAAAAUAAAUUACUUCGUGUAGAUUUAUUGCAUCUGAGACUGGCAAAAUUCAAAACGACUAAAGUUAUUCCUAUAGAUUGAGCUUAACUUUUCGUACGCUCUUUGUUCAUUUAUGAAAGCUAUCUUUCCCAUGUUUCUAAAAUUUCCGUCUCCAGGUUUACAAUUUCCAAAAAGGCUGGUUGAUUGCCUCUAACAGUACAGGUAGAAAAAUCUAUGGCGCGUAUUUUAUAAAGACUAGUACCGUCAAACUUCUUUUGCUAAAAUUCGGAUUGUUCGGACUACUCUUGGCUCGAACCCAUUUUAAGGUCUAUAUAAUGUAUACUUCACGUUGGCUUGUACUACUGAUAUUGCGAACACAUUUUGUCUGACAUGUCGAGUUCUAGAGAACAUAGUUUGACUGUAAUAACUAUUGACAGAUCUAAAGAUUCCUUCGGAAGUAUAGAACUCAAGGACGAAAAAAUAGCAAACUCGGUUUGAUUGAGUCUGUUUGUUAGACAGUAUGAAAUGUGCAAAUUCUCCCAAGCAUUAUCUCAAAUUGUCUAUGCUGUCAAUUAAAUCUCUAUUCCAGUGGUUUACGCAUGUGCUGUAUUAAUUGCAGAAAUGUGUGGACGUUUAGGAAUACUUGUGUAGCGUGAUUAUCACACGGUCGUGACCAGGUCCACGGUUUAUAUAUGUUUUUCAAAACCUGCCCAAAUGCUUAUUCUUUGUCCAAUAUUUGCAAAAUUUUGCAUAUUAAAUUCUCAAAGAUAGCUUUUGUAACUUACAUAAUUUAAUUUUGAUUUUAUAUUCCUGAAAUUUAAAUAUAUUGAUUUGAAUAUGCCCAAUUUGACGUAUUUUACCGGCUUUUAUGGUGCUUCAGAAAAAACUUGCAGAACACAGUAACUUAUCUUUUUCACGAAUCAGAUUGUCUUAAAACUUGCUAGAGGUGUUAAAUAUUGUGCAUGGGACUGUUGUUUGUGAAUAGCUACUCAAAAUAAUAAGAUUUACACGCUCUGAAAAUGACCUUUUUGUCUAAAAUCUACAAAAAACAUGGCCGCGGUGUGCAAAUAAUGAGUUGCUUAUUUCAAAACUGUCCUAUUAUUCUUCAGUAAAACUUCUUGUUAAUUUAAGACUCUAAUAACUUGCUUGACAUACCCAUAGGCAAAUAUAUGUUUAUCGGUGUAAUUACACCUUUGGAGAAAAGCGUGAUUCGCACGUUUUAAUUUCAUCAUUCGCUGCCUGAAGAGACAAGAUGGCGGAGCUUGCGAAAUCGAAAGUAAGUAGAUCUGCACUUUUGAAAUAAAAUGUUGUAGAUUCUAGAUCUUUCUGGUUGACUGUCACUUGUUUAUCUUAUUUAUCUGUUUCCACAUAUAAUAUGGAUCUAGUAGAUUACAUACAACCAGUUUAAAAUAAUCACCUAGUGAAUAAUUUUAUGCAUCAUACUGGUAUAUAUCUCUAAGGCUAAGACCGCCCAUGCGAUUAUCACGGCUAUACCCGGAACCGUGCGAUUCUCACGCCGCCGCGUAAUUAUCACACGCGUGGUAAUAUUACCACGCGUGUGAUAUUCACGCGACAAGUGUACCACUAUCUAUGUACAAAAAUUAAGCGAUAUCAAAGUUUAAAUUUAGAUAUUAGAUAAUCGCAAAUGUUAAGUUUUUUCACUCUUCGAAUCAACUAAAAAAAGUAUUAUGUUUGUUUUCCUGUAACAAUAACUUUAGAUUUCCGAGUGAUUGGUCGGUGCUAAAACCAAACGUACCAAUGUAUCACGAAGGUCAGUGCGAAAUCCAAGAAUGAACUACCCUUAUACAAAAACAAUUUCUUACGCUCAUAUAAAAAAUGAAUAAACCCCAUAAUAGUCCCACUUCAUAAGCUAAAGACGUCUUAGUCUGACAUAUUCAGUCGGCAGUAUAUGUUUAUUAUAUAUCCAUCGUUUUGAAUUUCAGAUCUCUUCUUCAUGUUCUUCUCAUCCUGUAGGAAGUUAUGUUUUCGCAUAAUCAUGAAAAUACUGGAAGAUAUAACUUCAAUAUUUCACUGAAUUCGCCUUAAUGUUACUAUCAUAAAAAAUUCUAAAGCAACCUGUCUGAUGUUUUAUAUCUUUAUUUUUACAUUUUUAUUUUUAAAACAUCUGAAUGACUAAUGUUUCAGUGUCAAGAUACUAGAUAUGUUUUCACAAUGUUAUCAAGGACAUCCUGUCUGAAACCAAGUGUCACAUGUGUAAAUUGUUACGAUUUAAACAGAAAUAGCGUGCUGAAUUUUCAGAAUAAAAUAAUGCAAAUAUCGCAUAAAGAGCUUCGGUGGUAGUUCUUGAAAUGUGGUAUACGUACUUAAUUACAAAUACAUUAAGUAUGAUGAUAAACGUCUGACCGAUAGUAAAUAAAAAGAAAAUAAUAACGGCAAAUCAAAGAAAUAUAGUAUAGAUGUAUAAAUUAACUAGAUCUGUUCUGUUUUGUUUAUUACCGUACAUGUACUGUGUACACCUACAAUGUGACCAAUAUUUCAGCUAUUCCUCUAAAAUGGUCCUAUUUUACCAUCACCGCGUGGACAAAUUCACAUAAAUAUGUAUCAUACAAUGAAUAUUGAAAUCAUUUCUUUAGGAGCUGAAGAAGUAUUUCAUAUAUGUAAAUGUUACUUUCAACAGUAUUUCAGUCAUGUAACGGCGGUCAGUUAACCUAAUCAGUGUUUCUCAAGUAUGUACAAUUACAAGCCUUUCCCCCGCAAGUAACUGCCAACUUCUCCAUAUGAUUCAAAGGUUGAGGAAGAAAUUACUCCUGACAAAGCUUAUUAUCAAAUCAUCAUGGAAAACAUACACCUCUCCCGGGGAUCGAACUCACGACCCCGCGAUCCUUAAAUCUGCGCUCUCCUUUUUAAGCUAAAAUUACUUGGUUGUAUACAUGACAGUAAAGUGAUUUUAACUGUUUAUGUGAGAUUUUUUUGAUAUAAUUAUAUGCAAUUCAUUUUCCGUUGUAGUUUUCUUCCCCAAAACCUACUAUAGUUUCUCUUUCGCACACAUUUCUCAAAAGGUGUACAAUAUGUAACUAUUCAUUUUAUAGUCAGUUCAAAGCUCAAAUUCAUUUUUUUGCUGUCUGAAGUGCAAGAAAUGCAUUUGCAAUGUAAUAUUAUAAUCAUCUACUCAACAACUCCGCAUAUGACUUUUGUUUUUAUCUCUGCCAAAUUUUGACAGAUUUGAAUGAAAAUUGGACAUUGUUUAAUGACCAGUUCAAUUAAAUAAACAUAACAGCGAUAUCAAUUGUGUGUACAUUCAUUGAGCCAUGACAGUCAAAUAUGAUGACCCAAAAGAAAAAAGUCACAGAAUGAAUGCAACUUGGUGCUGGUCUCUAUCCAUCUGCGGGAUUAAACAAUUUGGUCAUUAAUGUGGUGUUAUUAAUGACGUCAAUAACCUGAUAUCAAGUUAAGGUAGUUCUGCACGUUUGAUAAACCGGAAGUGAUGGCGUGACGCCAUUUUUCCGGAAAACGUAGAAUAAAGACUGGAUUCGGCGUACGGAACAGAAAAUCAUUUUAUGAAUAAAUUGCAACCUGUGAGUAAAUUUAUUACAAUGGUACUGUUGCUAUAUUAUAAAGUCAAAAUAUGAUAAUAAAACAUAUCACAUGUUAAAUAAUUCAAAAUAACGUCCUAAAUUAGCGUGAAAUGUCCGGUUUACUUUAAUCAUGGUCAAAUAUCUCAAAAAUAAGCACACGGACCUAUAUAUUAUAUUUCAUCAAAUUAUAGGCCAUGUCUUUAUUUACAACUGUGAGAAGUUUCAUCAAAAUCUACAUUGUAGAAAAAUUUCUAUUCGCGAAAAUGUUAAGAAAGUUAUGAUUUUCCCAUAGACUCUCAUUAUGAAAUAUUGCGUGAGGUCCCUAUUUUUCAAAUCAGUCUAGCAAAAAAUCAAGCGCACGACCCUAUCUUUUUUAUUUGCUUAAUUUUCUAGGUAUAUUCUGAAGUUUUGAAAAAUCAGUGUUUAAUCAAAUUCUACAUUGUAGAAAUAAUUUCGAUCCAAACGUGCAGAACUACCUUAACAUGUUCAUAUUUAAAAUAUUGACGGAUGUUCCAUUUCAACUAAACACAGGUGAACAUUCAGAAUAUAUAAUUUGAAUUUCAUUAACUUCAUAGGAUCAAAGUGUACUGCUGUGGUUUGUAAUUUACUUAUUAUGUGGCUUUUAAUUUAAGGGUUACCUUAUUGUUACCGUUACGGUUAAAUAAAUUUACACCAUGCUAUGAUCGUUUUUAUGUUUUAUUAUAUUAAAAUAAUAAUUAAACAUUGUGUAAGACAUUCAUUCAAAUCGGUCAAAAUUUGGCGAUAAAAGGAAAACACGGGUGUGGAGUUAUAAAACUUGUUGAGUAUAUUAUUAAUAUAUGCACCAUUUUGCUAUCUUUAAUACCUUAGACGUCAUUUUCAAAAGUUCAGUCUUGACCUUGACAUGUCUGUGACCGUGAAAUUACAUUGAAAUAACCCUUGGAUACGACAAUACCAAAAUAUAUUUCUGCAGUUUAUUCACAUAUAAAGAUAAGCAAACAUGUCAAGUAUAACACACUUUGCCAUCGUAUGCCACUUUUCCCAGAUAUAUAUUAGUCUUUAUAAUGUAAUAUAUUAUAUAUAAUUUCUAUAUUAUCAUCAGUUUUAUUUACAAAAUACUAAAGGACGAUGAGACACAAUAUUUAAACCAAUUUAAAUGGUAAUAUGAAAAUAAAACGAGUGCAAAGCAGCAUAGUUUAUUUGUAAAUGCACUCAUUUGACCUUUGACCCCAUUAUACUGUAAUGAGGAACCCUAGAGGGCGGCAGCCUCUUUUAAAUUUCAUGUAUGAUCCUAAGUAACACUUUUAUACUAAUAUCUGAGCAUUAACAAAAAAAUGCCAUCAGAAGUCACAUUUUCCUAAGAUAUUGGCAGACUAUUAAACAAACACCAUUGUAAAACUUUAAGACAUCUAAUCAGCUUUAAGAAUUGUUAAGUUGACAAACUUUGCUCGUAUUUUUGAAAUCUUUUUGUUUUAAGCCAUUUAUCAGCAAUAUUUUAGUUAUGUAUUGCAGACAACAUGUCUUUUAAGAAAUCGUAAUGGAAAGCAUACGCCCCGCCCGGGGAACACGACCCUGCGAUCCGCAGAUCUGCCUCCUCCCAUUCGAAUAGACUGGCAUCAGUCGUUAGAGUCCUUCAAAACAAUUAUUUCAACCAUAAAAUCCUCUUUAAUAGCACUUCCUUGAAAAAUUUACAAUAUCUCUUAUCUCUGACCCUAACGUAGAGAAAAUGGUUUUCUGAGAAAAUAUCAGUGUCAGUAUGAAGAAAGAAAUUAACAUUUUUACAGAUUAUUUGAUCUCAACUUCCUAUCGAACUAUGCCUAGGCUCUUUGCUCUUAUAGUCUGGCUGUUCUAGAAGGGUAUGGGAAAAUAUAUGGAAAUAUUGAAACAUCACCAAUGAGAUUGGAACUAUUCUUUCAGUACUUAAAAUAAACAAAUGGUAUCCAUUAUGUAUAUAAGAACAUUUUUUCUACUUGUUAAUAUUCGAUCAUGGAUAAAAACUUGAAAGUUGUGUAUAAGCAAUACUAUAAAUAAAAAAAGUUGGAUGGGUAA